AUGUCAGACGAAGAGAGAGGAGAUGACCUAUUCGGAGAUUCCGAUAACGAAGCAGGUGUUUCGCGUCAACCUUCACCUGUGGCUUCAGGCUCGAGAUCUCCCGCACCUCCUGCCGCUCAGGCUCAAUCACCUGUGAAGACUGAAAGUGGAGACGAAGGUGGUGACUUGUUCGGAGACGAUGACGAAGAGGAGGAGAGAGUGAAAAGAGGUAGAACAUCCACUGGUACACCCGCUUCACCACGUCGAUCGAGGUCCAGAUCAGGAUCAGCCAAUCCUUUGGAGUAUGAGGAAGAAGAUCUAGCGGAGGAGGUGAAGAACGAAGAGAAAUGGGCUACGUUACCUAUACCACAGUGGAAUAAGAUGAAAGCUACGGAUGAUAAAGUAUGGCACAUGAAGCUGCCAGCUUAUGUGAACAUUGAAUCUAAACCAUACGAACCUGAUUUAUACCGAGAAACAUUGAACGAAGAGCCGAUAGAUGGCAAAACCAACCCUGUGGCAGCGAAAAGCAAGAUGAUCGGCGUGAGGAACACUAUCAGAUGGAAAUGGGUUACAGGAGGUGAUGGCAAGCCAACUCGCCAAAGUAAUGCCAGAAUGUUACGUUGGUCCGACGGAUCCGUCUCUUUGCAAUUGGGUUCGGACCUAUUUGACGUCGCCCCAUCUCACGGAGCAAGUCUUGCUAGACCUCACGAUCCGAAACCAACCCCGGCGAAAGGCUUAGAAGAGAAAGUAGUCAACACCGUAUCGUCUACGACGUUCUUAGCUGUUAUAGCAAGGGAAGAAACAGUCUUAGUCACUGAACGAUCCAUUGCCGGUCAACUAUCGCUAUUACCUACAUCUAUGGAUUCGAAGACUCAUCUGGAACUGGUCAAACACGUUGGACAACAGCACGUCAAACAUUCACGAAUGAAGAUGUUAGAAGAGACCGCCAAAGAUGAAGAGUCAUUACAGCAAUUAUUACUGAAAUCCGCACCGAAUAGGGAAUUCAUCAAGACUGAUAAAGACAGAGCGGCUUCGUCAGGUAAAAGAAGAGGAGGUAGAGGUGCAGGUUCAGGAUUGGGUAGGACCACUUCGUCGAAUUCCCUAGGAGGGACUAAGAGGAGAUCAAGGAAAUCAUACUAUUCUGAUGAAUCUGAUGAAGGUUCAGAAGAUGAUAAUGAGCCAAGAAGAGUAAGAGAUAGAUCCAUAGGUGGUGGGCCAGGUGGAGAUUAUGAUGAAGAUGAUGGAUUUGUAGUGGCUGAUUCGGAUGAGGACGAAUCUGGUGCAUCAUCACGGAAGGGUAAAAAGAGUAAGAAGAGAAAGAGUAGUAAGAGGUAUAGUGAUGAAGAGGAUGAAGAUGAUGUGGAUGAAGAUGAGGACGAUUUAGAUGAGAUGGAACAGGCUGAAAGAAGGAUAGAAGCUAAGGAAAGAGAGAGGAAAAGAGCAAAGACAAGUAAAUCGGGUGGAAAGACCAAGAAAUCUAGAGAUUAUAUUGAUACGGAUGAAGAUGAAGAUGAUGAAGAAGAAGCGGGAGGAGAACAAGACGCAGAAGGAGAAGAGGAAGAGAUGGAGAUGGAUAUUGAAAGUGAAGAGGACCAGUGA